CUGAUGAAGAUUCAGAACAUCCUCUCCCAGCAGAUUCCACCUAGAGACUUGAUGGACGCCAAUGACGGUGGAUUCUCCGAGAUGAAGUUGUUCCUCUACGUCCGGGCAGCUGCCGGGGUUCGCUCAGCGCUGCAGUUAAGGAUUGUUGUUGAUGUUAUGACUACUUUAUAGGGUCUAUAGAUUGCUGGUGAGUAGGCUAAGAGCAGUUAUCUGCUUGUACCUAAAUGUUUAAAAGAAGGUAUACUUAGACAGUUAACUUUAUACUAGUUAGGUUGGCUGCACCACUCUUCUUUUAUAAGUAGAUUACCAUCAAAACAAAGAAUUACCUGAAAAACCUCUCUAACUUCAGCAGUAUUGAUGUACUCCUGACUUGCGACGGGUUUUACGGCGAAAGUAGCGUUUGCCAACGAACAGGGUGGCUACGACUUGCUCACAUACUGCACCAAGCACAUCAUCCAAGCCUUCAACAACAAAACUGCGAUGAUCAAGUUACGAACUUCAUAUACGACUUCUUUACAUUUCUAAAUAAUCUAAAUUCAUGACAACUGGACAUACUGUAAACUGACUCCUGGAAAGUAAUCUAAACGUAAAUUGUUGGCGGAUAUGAAUUCUUCCUUCGUAUUGUACUAGCAAGUCACAGUCCAAUCCGAAUCGAAUAACGUCAUCAUUAUAACAGCAGGCCACCUACUAGAUUUAGAUGCAGUAUCGGAUGCCUGUGCUUCUUUUCGUAGUUGUGUGAUCACCGAUUUCUCCUCCUAACGAUUGUCCUCGGUGGUCCGUGGGAGCGCAUCUUGGUGGCCCAGGGCCCGGCUCCGAUGAUCGUGGAUCUGUAUCUGAAGGUCUGUGAGUUGGAGGGCAACCCUUUUGGCGGUGAACAAGAUCGGCGGCCACAAGGCGUUGCACGACCUCAGUCGCUACGGGUAUAGUACGGAAGUCCGACAAACGGUCACCAUGUUGCUCACGAAGUUGGCGGUGUUCUUAUUCGAGAAAAACCAACCGGCGGCAACCACCGGCGCAGAGGGUGCUAGUGGACAAGCUGCGGGAGCACAGGUGACAGACGUUGUAGCACCAUAAUAUAACCGAUAGCACCACAAUAGAGACUUUACCAAAUAAACUAAAGAUCCAUCAUCUCAAUCACAAUCUAAAAAGCACUUUUUCUUCUUUGUAACUGUCAGAGUUAGUAGACUCAGAGCAUAGGACGGAGUUUCCACACCUAAGCCU